UUUUAUAUUCACCACCUGCCUCCAUCUAUGGACCUUUACCCAUUUAUUCUGAGGGCUUAUUCGUUCUUGUAUUGAGAUGGAUAGAGAUAUGCGAGAGAUAUAGAGAGAGAAAAAGGAAUGGAGAAGAUGUUGUUGUGAAGAAGGAGGAGGAGGAGCAAGGGAUCUGAUAUUUUGGUUUGAACGGGGAAGCAAUAGCAAAAGGAAAGUAGUAGUAGAUAGAUAGGGGUAUUACUUUGUUGAAUUUUGUUUGUGUUUGUAAAAAGCUUGUUUUGAUUGUUUAGCCAAAGGCAAGGCAACCCGCAAAUCCUAAUUUGUCAAUACUCUCAAGUGUUCUUUCUUUCUUUCUUAUCCCCCUCUCCUCUCCACACACUAAUUUCGUUUUCUCUACAACUUGUGGGGCUCCUUCCUCUCUUCCUUCUUCCUUCUUCCCAUAAUAUCCUUUCCUUACCCCAAUUCAAUUUUGAGCUGGAGACUUACAAUCAUCAUCAUCAUCAUAGAUUUCCGAAAUGAGAGCCGGAUUGAGCACCAUCCAGCAGACCUUAACUCCCGAGGCGGCAAGCGUCCUCAACCACUCCAUCGCCGAGGCCGGCCGACGCAACCAUGGCCAGACAACGCCGCUGCACGUGGCCGCCACGCUCCUAGCCUCGCCCUCGGGAUUCCUGCGUCAGGCCUGCAUAAAGUCUCACCCGAAUUCAUCGCACCCUCUUCAGUGCAGGGCACUCGAGCUCUGCUUCAGCGUUGCUCUCGAGCGCUUGCCCACUUCCCAGACCACAAACCCCUCCUCUGAGCCACCAAUCUCCAACGCACUCAUGGCGGCGCUGAAGCGAGCACAGGCGCACCAGCGCCGGGGCUACCCGGAGCACGUCAAAGUCGAGCUUGAGCAGCUCAUCAUAUCCAUCCUCGACGACCCAAGCGUCAGCAGAGUCAUGCGCGAAGCAAGCUUCUCCAGCCCCGCCGUGAAAGCCACAAUCGAACAGUCCCUCAAUUCCGCGUCUCCGGCGGUCAAUUCCAGUCCAAUCGCUCUUGGAUUCCGCCCCUCUCCCGUGGCUCCUUCAGCGGCUCCGGCGGGGAGGAGCCUUUACUUGAACCCAAGGCUGCAGCAAGCGGGUGCCGGUACCGGUUCCGGUGUUCAAUUGGGGGUGCCGCAGCAGAAGGGGGAGGAGGUGAAGAGGGUUUUGGAUAUAUUGAUGAGGAAGAAAAAGAGGAACCCGAUCUUGGUGGGUGAGUCGGAGCCAGAGGCAACGGUGAGGGAGGUUCUGAGGAAGAUUGAGAGCAAGGAGCUGGGAGAAGGUACGCUCGGGAUUGUUGGGUUGAAUACGCACGUGAUUCAUUUGGAGAAGGAGCUUCCCGCCGAGAGGGCGCAGAUUCCGGCGAGGUUGAAGGAGUUGGGGGAUAUGAUUGAGGCCCGGAUUGGGUCGACGGGCUCUGGAGGCGUUUUUGUGAAUUUAGGUGACUUGAAGUGGCUGGUGGAGCAGCCUGUUGGGUUCGGAGCUGUUGGUGGUGGUCACGUGCAGCAGGCGAAUGUUGCGGAGGCGGGGCGUGCUGCUGUGGCGGAGAUGGGGAGGCUGGUGGCGAAGUUCGGUGAGGGCGGCUCCGGAAGGCUGUGGUUAUUGGGCACUGCUACCUGUGAGACAUACUUGAGGUGCCAGGUUUAUCAUCCUUCCAUGGAGAAUGAUUGGGAUCUUCAGGCUGUUCCUAUUACCAGCAGAGCCCCCCUCCCUGGAAUGUUCCCUAGGCUUGGGACCAACGGUAUCCUUGGUACCUCAAUCGAAUCCUUGUCCCCGUUGAAGCCCUUCCCAACUACGGCAAUUGCUCCACCCAGGCGCGCCUCUGAGAACACAGAACCCACAGGAAUAUCGGGUUGUUGCCCACAAUGCAUCCAGAGCUAUGAACAGGAACUAGCAGAUAUGUUAAAGGACAAUGAGAAACUGGAUGCCGAAUCCAAAUCAGAGGCAGCUCGACCAUCGCUUCCCCAGUGGUUGCAGAAGGCUAAAACUAAUAAUGAUAAUGCUAAAGUCAUCGACCAAUCUCAGUGCAACGGCCAAGAAAUGAAUGUGAAAAAGAGGACACAGGAAUUGCAGAAGAAAUGGCAGGAUGCUUGCUUGAGUCUACAUCCCAAAUUUCAUCAGCAAAGUUUGAGUACAGAGAGAAUUGUUCCCACUCCUUUUUCUAUGAGAGGCCUAUGCAAUAUGAACUUGUUGGGUGCCCAACUUCAGCCCAAGAUACCACUCAACAAGAAUCUCGGAAGCUCCUUGCAACUGAACCCAAAUCCUGUGCCCAUUCAGCCACCAGAACCAGCAGUCAGACAGCAGCCGAGUCUUGUCACAACAGAGCUCGUCCUUGGGCAAACUAAGAAAUCAGAUACCAGUACAGAAGAAACUCACAAAGAGCGCAUUAAUGACUUCUUGAACUGCAUGUCUUCCGAGACACGAGACAAGUUUGAUGAAUUAAAGAGCAAGAAACUACUCGAUGCUGACUCUUUCAAGAGGAUCCUCAAGGGUUUGACAGAAAAAGUGUGGUGGCAGCAGGAUGCAGCUUCUGCAGUUGCCACCACCGUGACCCAGUGUAAAUUAGGCAACGGUAAAAGGCGCCAAGUCGGAGACAAGGGUGAUAUGUGGUUGCUGUUCUUGGGUCCCGACAGAGUAGGCAAGAAGAAGAUGGCAGUAGCACUUUCCGAGCUGGUAUCUUCCUCCAAUCCAAUUGUAAUCUCUCUUGCCCAACGGCGUGGAGAUGGAGACUCCGAUGUCCAUCUCCGUGGGAAAACAGCACUCGAUCGAAUUGCAGAGGCCAUUAGAAGGAAUCCGCAGUCUGUCAUCAUGCUCGAAGACAUCGAUGUAGCCAACGCCCUCCUUCGAGGGAGCAUAAAACGGGCCAUGGAGCAAGGUAGAUUCCCGGAUUCCCACGGCCGUGAAAUUAGCCUUGGAAACGUCAUGUUUAUCCUCACUGCCAAUUGGUUGCCAGAGGACCUUAGGUACCUGUCCAACGGCACCCCACUUGACGAAGAAAAGCUUACAAAUUUAGCCAGAGGGGGUUGGCAACUUCGUCUUUCAGUAGCUAAGAGAGCCUCAAAGCGGAGACCGAGUUGGUUAUCUGAAGAAGACAGGUCCUUGAAGCCUCGUAAGGAAACAAAUUUGAAUUUAGGUCUAUCAUUUGAUCUCAAUGAAGCUGCUGAUACAGAGGAAGACAGAGGAGACGGGUCGCUCAAUUCUAGUGACCUGACAGUGGACCAUGAAGACAACCAUGUCCUCCACAAUGCAGGAUUACAGACACCCUCCGCCUCUGUACCCCGUGAGCUGUUGGAUUCCGUGGAUGAUGCCAUUGUGUUUAAACCAUUGAAUUUCGACCUUCUUCGAGCCAGUUUCUCUGCCUCCAUCUCGAAAAGGUUUUCCACCAUUGCCGGAAAUGGGAUUGCAAUUGAAGUACAAGAGGGGGCUCUGGAGAAGAUUGCGAGUGGGGUGUGGCUAGGCCAAACCAACAUUACCGAAUGGAUGGAGAAAGUGUUGGUUCCCAGCUUCCACCAGCUGAAGAAAACCUUAAAUUCUAGCGCUAAUGACCAUGAGUCUUCGCUGGUGGUGAGGCUCGAAGACGACGGCUACUCUGAUCGUCAGAGCUCCGAGGAGUGGCUGCCUGCUGCUGUGAGAGUGGUAGCAGAAGAGUAUUAAGACAGGGAGGGGGGCAGGAUUGGUAAAUAUCCGUCUGCUUUUGGUUACAGGAAUGUAAAUAGACCACUUUGGCGGCGAAAAGACAGAGACCGUUAGUAGAUGAACCAACAAAAACCGUUAAAAGUGGAGAUGGGUGUCGACUUUUUUCCCUCUUAGAAAAAAGAUUAUUUAAUUUUUGCGUUACAAACUUUAUAAUUUUUUUUUUGUAAGCAUAGGUAUAUUUAUUAAUUAAAAGGAGAAUGAUGAUAUUAAUAAAAUGGGAGCAUUCCUA